ACUCAAAACACGUCCGCAGAAAUCUUCUCACAUGGAAAAUUUUUAGUCCCAACAACAGGUAUUUAGUUUUGAAAUUUUAAUUUUGGAGAGGAAGAAAAUGGAAAGGAUAUAUGAAGAACUAGAGGAAGUUAAAGUUGAGAAUGAGAAACUACGGGCAGAUUGUAAGAGCAGAGCAGAAUUAUGCGAGAACUUGAAGAAAUCUCAUAAUGAGAAGCUUGUUAAGAUUCAUGAAGCAAGUAAAAAAGUUGAGAAGCAGGCUCAAGAAUUAAAUGAAAAGGAAGAGGAAGUGUCGGAGGUCAAGAGAGUGUUUGGAGAUCUUAAGUGCAGUUUGAUUGAAAAAGAAUCUAUCAUCAAACGCCUUAGUGCUGCUAAUGAUAAGCUUAGAGUUGACUGUGAUGAGAAAUGCCGAAAAUGGGAAGGAGAAAAUAGAGGGCUAGUAUUGGCUUUAGACGAGGCAAAUGAGAAGAACAUUGAUCAAGAGCAAAAGAUUAAUGUAUUUAAGGCAGAGAUUGAAGGCCUCAAAGGGCUUUUGGCAACUUCACAGAAGAAGUGUUUGGAAGCAGAGAGAAAAGCAAAAGCUUCCAAAGAACUAAGAGAAAGAGAUGAUGUUUUGCUCAAAUUAGAGGAUGAAAAUAGAAAGGUUGAAAAUCAGCUAAAGUGGAAGAAGGAGCAGUUCAAACAUCUUGAAGAAGCACAUGAAAAGCUUCAUGAUCAGUUCAGGGCAAGUAAAAAAGAGUGGGAGCAGGAAAGGUCUAAACUACUUGAUGAGAUCUGUUCACUGCAAACCAACUUAGAUUCUCAGACCAGAAUCUCAGCAGAUCUUCAGAACCGGUUACAGCUGUGCAACCAAGCCCUUGCUAAUGAAGAAAGUCGCAGAAAGUACCUGGAAGUUCAAGUUUCCGAAUUUAAAACACGCUAUGAGAACACUUUUGCUGAAUACCAGGAUGCAAAGUCCCAACUGGAAUGCUUGACUGAGCAGAGAGACAGAGAAAUUGCAGCUUUGAGACAUUCAUUGAGCACAAAGGAGACGUUUCACAAGGAAAUGAAAUAUCAAGCAGGCAAGCUAGAGCAAGAAAAUCAAGAGCUGCUGACAUCUCUUAAAGAACUCCAGGAAGCUCAGAUUCACAAAGCAGGAAGUGCUUCUUCUCUUGCGAAAUUGCGAAACAAGCUCAGAAGUGUAGAGCAGAUGCACAGAGACUGUUCUGCAAAUCUCAGAGCUAAAGAAGCUGAAUGGAGAUCCCAACUGGAGAAAAUGGAUUUGAAGCUGAAUGACUAUAGGUCCGAGUUAGAAAGAAAGGAUGCAGCACUAGAAGAGCAAAAGAUGGAACUUGAGAGCUGCUACUCUUUAACAUUGCAGUUGAAAAUGCAGAAUGAGGAGCUAUCUGUGAUGCUACUGCUGUUGAAAGCAGGACUAUCUGAGGCUGCAUUGAAGCUUGCACUUGUUGAUGGUGAAAGGGAUUGCCACAGCAAAGAGAGUGAAGAUGUCUCUGUACUGAUGAAGCAGCUGGAGAUGAAGACUGCAGAUUUGGCUAAAGCCCAGAUAGAGAUUGCAGAAGAACGUGAGAAGACAGCAUCUCUGUUAAGGAGGAUUGAGUCUUUUGAGCUUGUUGAAGAGCAAGGGCUUCUAAUGCAGAAAGAGCUUGAUAGGUACAAGGAAGUUCUUGAGGAAUCAUCCAGGCGUCAAAAUCACUUGAAAGAGAAAGCUUUGCUGAUGGAAAGUGAUUACAAAGAGAAAUUUAGAGAAGUUUGUGAUGCCUUAGAUACAGCAAACUUCAAGUUGGCCAAACAGCAUGAGAAGGCAGCAUCUUUAUCACAGGUGGUUGAGUCCUUAAAUCAUACUGAAGAGCAGCGACUCCAAAUGCACAAAGAGCUUGAAAAGUAUAAAGAAAUGUUUGAGGAAUCAUCCAGGUGCCAGAAUCAGUUGAAAGAACAAGCUUUGCAGAUUGAAAGUGGCUCAAAGGAAAAACUUAAAGCAGUUUCUGAUGCCUUAGAUGAAGCAAGACUUGAAUUGGCAGAAAAACAUGAGAAAGCAGCAUGUUUAUCAAGGAGGGUUGAGUCCUUGGAUCUCAUAGAAGAGCAGCAUCUCUUUAUGCAGAAGGAACUAGAGAGGUAUAAAGAAAUGCUGGAGGAAUCAUCCAGGGGUCAACUUCGCCUAAAAGAGCAAGCUUUGCAGAUGGAAAGUGACUCAAAAGAGAAAAUGAAAGAAAUCUCUCAUGCCCUAGACACAACAAAUUCAGGGUUAGUUGAAGAGCGUGAGAAGGUAGAAUCCUUAUCAAGGAGAGUUGAGUCCUUGGAUCACAUUGAGGAGCAGUGUAUGCAGAUGCAGAAAGAACUUGAGAGGUACAAGGAACUGUUAAAGGAAGCGUCCAGGAGCCGGCUUCACUUAGAAGAGAAAAUUUUGCUGAUGGAAAGUGACUCGAAAAGUAAACUUACAGAAGUUUGUGAUGCCUUAGAUGUAGCAAAUUCUGAAUUGAUUGAGAAAACCAGUGAAGGUCACCAAAUGGAAUUUGAGUUGUGGAUAUGGAAGUCUAUUGUUGAACGUCUAAAAGCUGAGCUUGAAGAAAGUCAGGAGUUGCGUAAAGAAUUAGAAGCUUCUCUUCUUGCACAAGUAGAGGUUGGGGAGGCCAUAAAAAAAGAGAAUGGUCACCUUCUACAUCUAAUAGAAGAGAAAGACAGCAAAAUAAGCAAUUUGCAGGAGCAGGUUUUGUCACUAGAGCUCAAAGCAGAAGAAUUAGAGGCUGCCACUAGUAAUGCAAGAGUGGAAACAACUAUGUCCUUGAAGACAGAGAAACAAAGCUCUUUACAAAUUACAAGGGAGAAGGACAGGAUCUUGGAGGAUCUCCAGAGAGAGAUUGGAAGGCUGGAGCAAGAAUCCCUGAGAAGAGAACUUGAAUGUGCCUUGCUUACUCAAAUAGGUGCAGAACAAUCAUUUGAACACGAAAAAGUGAAUCUUAUCCAGAUGGUAGAAGAGAAAAACCGGAAAAUAGAUGACCUCUUGCAGCUCGUGGGGUCAUUGGAACAAAGAUUUAAUAGCUCAUUAAACUCUGUUUCUUCAGAGCUUGCUGAAAAGCAGGCAGAGAUUAAUUUGUUCCUUGAAGCCUGGGAGAAGAUUUCUGCAGCUGAGACUUUGGCCAUGCUAGAAAUUGAAGAGAAAAAGUUGAUGAUUGUAGAGAUGGAUGAUGAGAUUUCUGAUAUACAGCAGAAACUGGAAUUGCAGGAAAAGUCAUUGUCUCACUCAAAACAGCAAGCGCUGAAGAUUGAAGCUGAACUGGAAAAGAAGCAGUUGGAAAUGAAGAGAUUGACUAAUCAGUUGGAAGCAAAACUGACAACCUCAGAUGACUUAAUAAAUGAGCUCAAGAGUGAAAACCGGAAUUUACUUGAAGAUGUCAAGAAGUUAUCUUCUGAAAGGGAAAACUUGUUGAAUUUUAUGGAAGGGUUGGAUGACAGUAUCAGUAAGUUAUCUGGUGAAGACACGCAACUGAUGGGAAUCUUGGGAAGCAUAGUGCAGUCUUUUGACAACAAUAGCAAUAGGUUUGGUGUGGUCUUGAAAGGUGAUGGAGAAUUAUUCGACUCUGUGAAAGAGAAUGUGAAAACUCUUCAUUCUCCCACAAUGAAGAAAUUUGAAGCUGCUCAGGAAGAAAGAUCACCAUUUAGACAACUCAACUAACUUAUUAUAUUGCUUGUAUGAUAGGGUAAUUCUUCCUCGGAUGUGCUUUUCUUCCUGGGAUGUGCUUUGAAACAUUUCAUUGUAAAGCUUGGAUUGUGUUUUCAGUUUGUAUAUGAAAAGCUCAUGUGUGUACGAGCUUGUUUCUACAGGUGACAGUUAAUGUACCCACGGAUUCAGAUCUAUUUUUCAUUUACUUGCUCAGAUCCCCAUCAAAAUACAUGCUUUUGUGGGCAGGAUUCUGAAUGUAGUAUU